CUUUCAAGCUGAUCACUUCUACAAGGAUCUGUGCACUUGCUUCUAUACCUUGUGCUAUACCAAGUGCAAUUCUCUUGAGCAACUUUUAAACACCUUUACCUGCACAGGAUUCUGACAGAAGCCAAGCACAGCAAAGACCAUCCGGAGUUAUCUGUUCAACAAAGGAUGAGAAUGACGAUACGGGAGAUGUAUGGGCUGUUGGCAGUCCUGGCUGUGUUCUCUCCGGUUCUCGUGGAAGGCAACAAGAAGAUUUUUUGCUACUACAGCAGUUUUGCUCAGACAAGAAAUGGUAUUGGCAAGUUCUUGCCUGAGGAUAUUGAUCCUUACCUCUGCACACAUAUCAUCUAUGCCUUCGUCGACAUCACCCCAAAUGGACGGGACCUUCUCUCUUUUAACUGGAACGACCAGGGACCCAACGGUCUCUAUGCCAGAACCAUCGCCCUGAAGAACAAGAACCCAGACCUGAAGGUUCUACUGGCUGUGGGUGGCUGGCAAAUCGGCUCCAAGCCAUUCAUCCCUAUGAUCAGUAAUGAACACAACAGACGCACAUGGGUGAAGAACGUCGUCAACUACUUAAGAUCACAUAACUUUGAUGGUUUCGAUAUGGACUGGGAAUUCCCGGCCACACGUGGUAGCCCCCCUGAAGACAAAUACAGAUUCUCCAUGCUCAUGAAGGAACUGCAAGAAGCUUUCAAAGCUGAAUCCUACAACUCUGGCAAGGACAAGCUCCUGUUGACAUGUGCUACCGCUUCUGGCACAUACUACAUUGACCAAUCCUACGAGCCACACAAGCUUGUCAAGUACAUCGACUACAUGUUCUUGAUGACCUACAACUACCACGGCCAAUGGGAGAAGCAGACAGGACAUCACAGCGGACUCUGGAAACACAGAAAUGAUCCUCCAGGCGAGAAGAGCGAGCUUCACCAGCAAUGGUCAAUUGAUUACUGGCUUAACAUGGGAAUGGACAAAGACCGUCUGAUUGUUGGAAUCCCCACCUACGGAAUGAGCUUCACCCUGGCCAACCCCCACCAACACGGCGUGUUCGCCCCAGCUAGAGGCGGCGGCAGGAUGGGCAAGUACACCAGUGAGACCGGCAUCCUCUCUUACUAUGAGAUCUGCGAAAGUAUCAACCGCGAGGGCUGGAAGACUGAGUGGAUUGAUGACCAGGGUGUCCCAUAUGCUUACGGCGGUGACCAGUGGGUGGGAUUCGAGACCCCGGACAGCAUCAAACUGAAGGCUGACAACAUUAUCAAGCGUGAUCUUGGCGGUGCUUUCGUGUGGUCUGUUGAGAUGGAUGACUUCAAGGGAAGCUGCGGCAAUGGACGCUAUCCUCUUCUCGGCACCAUCACCAAGAUCUUGAAACCUUACAAUGGACGCAGGGCUAACACCGCUGAUUCAGCAACCGUCCCCCGAUGGAAGCCCACCCCUAAGCCUACCCCCAUUGCCCAGCCCAAACCCCAGUGGACCAGAAGACCCGCGGGUGCCGACAAACCCAGAAGCAAGUCUCCUUGGGCUAAACCUACCAACAAGCCUUCCUGGAGGUCAAAGCCAACAUGGAAGCCCAAACCAACAUGGAAGCCAAAACCAACAUGGAAGGCCAAGCCAACAUGGAAGCCCAAGAACGACUGGAAGAAAUCGGAUAGGAGUUGGGAAAAGGUCGAGACCACCCCCAAGCACUGGAACGCUCGUCCCACAGGAAGGCCAAGCAUGCCAAAACAUGACUCCACGACCCACUCACCUAAACAGAGCCCCUGGCAGAAACCUGGCACAAGACAACCAUCAGCAGCUGGAAGCACCGACUGCAAACAGCUUGGAGUUGGAAUGUUCACUGAUCCCGCUUCCUGUGAACGUUUCAUCAUGUGUCUGCCCGGAGCGUGGCUUGACUACGGACCAAUCAAGAUGGACUGCCCCGCCGGAACGAGAUUUGACGAGAACUUGAAAAUAUGUAACCACGCCAACAGUGUAGAAUGUUGGGUGUAACUUUCCUGCUAAUUUCUAAUUUCAAAAUCCAAACUUUCGAAACGUAUUAUUUUUCGACCUAAUUUAUCAAAAGUGUUCUUAUCAGUAUUCGAUCAACUAUAAUCUCCACUGUAACAAAGGAUAUUUAUUAUAUUGAUGAAUGUAUUUCACGAUCUCAUGUACAGAUACUCAUCCAUACACAAAUGAAGUAUUUCCCUGUAACAUAGUUGACCAGGAAUAUGCUCGAAGAUGAUUAUUUAUUCCCUCGUUGUACCAUUUCGUCCAUUCAUGUACAUUGUCACUACGGGCUCGCUUUUAUCUACGAAUCGUUUCCAUCUCUUCCCCUCCUCACACGAUGCUCAACUGCUGCAACUGCAGCGUCCUUCAGGUGCACCCUCAGCAUCACCUGAUCUGGCUAGAAGACAUGAUUUCAUUCCCCACUUAAAGGAAGCCGAUUCUAUGGAAUGAAACGAACCCUUACUUCACAUUACUUGUCAGUGCCUUUAACACGUGUGUCCCAUUCCUGCUGUUUAUUCUGUUCUCUGAUUUACGUUCCCGAUAAUGUUAAAAUUCGCACCAAGAUUCCCCACUCGACCUUAAGGCAUGACAAGUUGUAUAUUAUCUGUCCAUAUUCUCCAUACCCUCCGUAUCAACAUUGGCAUGUACAAAUGUAUAUAGGUAUACCACCUGUACAACUCACAUUAUAACCGAACAUGUAUAUUGAGUGUAAAUAUGACAGUGAAUAAAAUCACAUUCCAAUUAA